AUGGCAACUGCGGCGAGUGCAGUAAGGGGUUUAGUGAUUUUUGGAGCAAUUUCUGUAGCAGUAUGGAUGUGGUACACUGAUACAUUUGUAAAUUUUGACGAUUUCCACCCCACAGUGACGGAAGUUCGCGAGUCGGUCGAGUCGCACCUGAAAAAUGAAACAGCGUUGUUCUUUGUUCGCGAAGGGCACCAUUUUGUUUCCCCAGACAUGAGCGAAGCGUGGAAAAAAGAUACAAGAUCUUGGAUUAAUUCUACAGGUCAUUUCAUCAUGACAGGGGUUUCUGGUGGUUUGGGUAACCGUAUGUUUCAGUUUGCGUCAAUGUAUGGAAUUGCAAAACGUAACAACAUGACUCCAGUCGUGCUUGAAAGCAUACAGAUACGGGAAGUGUUUCGAAUUCCGGAUUAUAUUCCCCGAUCUUUACCGCCUGGUGUUAAACUUGUGAAAUUCCACGAGAAGAAAUACGCUUUUUAUGACAACAGGACGGAGACAUUGUACAAGAAGGGCCAAUCAGUGCAAUUGUUUUAUUACCUGUGUUCUUGGAAAUAUUUCCAAAAUGUCGAAGAUGAUCUGAGGCGACAUUUUCGUUUCCGAAAUGAGGCACAUUUCCGCAAACAAAUUGAUGCUUUUUUUGACACAGCCUUACUAGAACUUGGGAUAAACAACAAAGGGGAGAAAGUAACGUACAUUGGAAUUCAUGCACGGUAUGGAAAAGACAUGCGCAUAGUAUAUGAACAUAUGGGUUAUACCGUGGCGCCAUCUAGUUACUACACCAAAGCCAUACGGUACUUUGAGAAUAUCUAUAAAAACAUCCUGUUUAUUGUAGUGUCUGAUGAUAUGUCUUGGUGCAGAAAGAAUAUUCAGCACCCACGAAUCCGGUACAACCCAUUCAAGGACCCCAUACUGAGUUUAGCUCUCUUAGGAAGUUGUAACCACACCAUAAUGUCAGUGGGUACCUUUUCUUGGUGGGGCGCGUGGUUGGCCGGGGGAGACGUGGUUUACUAUAAAGACUGGCCCAAACCUGGCACCCAUUUGUGGUGGCGCACCAACCAUGAGGACUAUUUUCCCCCAAAAUGGAUUGGAAUGUCAGGAUAG